ACAAACGCCAUUGAUUGGACCCGACUGCAUCGGAGUUUGACAACAACAGAGGAAACGGGGGGUCACUUUAAUCACCAGUAAAGACACACUGGUGAAUAAACACUCUUCGACGAGAAAAGUCUUCCAACUGCUAUUCCGCUGUCUAGUUAGCUUGCUAACGGUUUUACGAGUGGUCAAGACAAAAUGGGGCGAAUCUUCUUGGAUCACAUCGGUGGGACUCGCCUCUUCUCCUGUGCCAACUGUGACACCAUCCUGACCAACCGAGCUGAACUCAUCUCCACACGCUUCACUGGAGCCACCGGCCGAGCUUUCCUGUUUAACAAGGUUGUGAAUCUGCAGCACAGCGAGGUGCAAGACAGAGUCAUGCUGACGGGAAGACAUAUGGUGCGGGACGUCAGCUGCAAGAACUGCAACAGCAAGCUAGGCUGGAUGUAUGAGUUUGCCACUGAGGAAAGCCAGCGCUACAAGGAGGGCCGUGUCAUCCUGGAGAGGGCGCUGGUGAGGGAGAGCGAAGGCUUUGAGCAUGUUCCCUCUGACAACUCCUGAGUUCACUUCUGUUGCCUUUACAAUGCUCAACACGUGCAUACUACAGCUUUUCCUCUAGCAGCAGUGCAUGUACUUGCAUGGACAGUGUGCCAUUUGUGAGUAGAGCUACACCAAAAUAAAAUCGCAGGAUGGGUCUUUGUGGGAAGUUUAAACAAGAAGUGGUGGACAUUUUUCCCCCAUUACUUUAAACAUCUAAGAAUUUCUGAUCCGAAGGGUGUUGCUCCUCUACCCGUUUAAAAUCGCCUGCAGAUUCAAUAGGUGUUCAACAAGCUGUGAUGUGUUCAUGUGCUGGGAUUUUGGCUGCUCUCAGAGGGAGAGGAUUCACUCCUGCUGCCUGACAAGAAGCUCAGACAGAUUGACAGAUUCUUAUGUAGACGUUUGAAUAUCCAUUAACGGCAUUGGUGAAUUCUGACUCUUAACAGUCAAUUAGACCAGUUUACUUAAUGAAAUCUGUUUGCAUAAGGAGUUUGUCACUUACCAAAAUCCUUUCCUGGCAAGUGUUCAGUGUGACAUAUGCCAGACUUUUUUUUCACUUAAAUUAUUGUUUAUUUUGAAGUUACCUUUCUUUAAUAUAACCUACAGAUUAUACCUUACAAUACUAGAACAUUAUCAAAUUACCUUAAUUUUAAAAUGUGAAAACCCUGUAAUAUUAAUUUUUACCAGCUGGAUCAUAUUCUCUGUGUUAAUAGUACACUGAACCAGGUGUCAGUUUUGACCUGUAAAGAGUUCAGAUAUCCCCAGUUUAUUUUAUGUUAUGAUAAAAGGUGAUCAGAACGUGUUCUUACAGUGAUGGAAGAGAGGCAACUUUUGUCUUUUGCAUUUCAAUACACUUUUGAUGCCAACAUUCCUGCCAUGUGCUGUUCAUUUUUAGAUAUUUCAUUUAACAGUUUCACAGUGACAGUGACAAUUAUUCCAAUAUUGAAAUUGACUGGUGGCAAUUUAUUUGAAUAAAACAUAGAACAUGUUUAUUAGUUUUUUUGUGAAACUAAAUAAAUACAUUCAAACUGUG